AUGUCAGAAAAUGUCCAAAGUUUUCCUUUCUUUGGAACAGAAAGUGCUCCUCAGCCCUCUCUGCCUAUGCUGAACAACUUCACACCCUCAGGAAGGGUGUGCAACAUUUCUAGGGUUUCCACCCCUGCUGUGAGUUUAGCCUGGGUCCUGCCACCAACCACCAGCACUUCUCUCCAGCUGAUUGCGGGCAGAGCCUACCUCAACCCAGAGGCCAGCACGACCAUGCUGGUGGAGCUGACUGACCAGAGACAGAACUCAACCUCUGCACUCUUCUAUCCAGGUGCUCUCAAGUGGGAUCUCACAGAAAGUAAAGGCAAUACGACUAUCACUGACCGGGACACUACACUCUCCUCCCUGUCUGUGACAGCCCAAUGGGAUGAAAGUUUAGUUCCCAAUACCACACUCCCUCUCUCUCCAACACUUUUCACCAACUUUGUCCAGGUCACACCACCUCAGGUGGCAAAUUGGGAAUACAGCCUGGCACUUCCCUACCAGGAGGGCAGCCAGAUGUCCUACUACAACCACAAUAGCCUGGGCCCUCUGAUGCCCGGAGAACUAGGACAAUGUCUGCAGCCCUACGGCUCUGUGUCCUACCCUGCGAGUGAGGAGUGUGCCCCUCAACCAGAGGUGGGGGUGGUGGAAAAGGAGAUUCAGCCACGGAAUCUCCAAAUACCACUCUCCACCUCUGACUUCUCCCGUUCCACAUCUGUGCAAAAUACGCCAGACACCAGUCUUCUGGUGGUGGACACGGAGACGUUCCCAGGAUUGCCACCUUCAGGCCAGACACUCUGCCUGUUGCAGAGUCCAGAACUCUGCACUAUUUCCACCGAAGUUUUCCAGAUGAAGACACCACCUGUCCAUGGGCAUGGGUCAUUGGCAGGCCCCAUCUGCUGUCCUUCAGAAAUCCUGGCCUUGCCUCCCGCUCCAGGACCGGAACAAAGAGAGAACGGAAACAUGCAUGAGGUGAAAGCUGAACUGUCAAAGCCUCCGGAUGCCUAUGUGGGCACUAAAGAAAACCAAGACCCAUCACACCUUCCUUUAGUGCCCCCUGACUACACUGAUACAAGAAGACUGAGACAGAGGUCUGCUUCUGACAGUGCCAGCUUGGGAGGCAUCAGCAUGGGUCUGGAAGAGAGAGGGGAGCUGGAAAAUGACAGUGGAUCCAGCAUCAACUUUGAAGACAUCGCUACACUGGAGGAAGAUAAUGACUUUCCCCAACUUUUCAAAACCCUCAACGACAUAGACCAGGACCCUCUCCUUCAGAACUGGGGAGUCAUGAGCAGCCCCUCUGAAAAGGUGAGGAAGAAUGACCUAAAAGCCUCAGACCAGCUUGAUGGAGCUCCUCAGGCCAAAAUCCAGCACCAGGACCUGGUGGAGGGAGAGAGGGCUGUGGGCAGUGCAGGGGACAAGGACGGGACUAUUGACAAAAUCACAAAGCAUCUGGAGGGCAAAGCCCCCAAAGUGGCCCCUAGCAGGCACAGCAAAGGUAGAAAACUGGGGCAAGAAAGACCAAGAGGACCAGAGAACAACUCUAAGAAAGCAGACGAGCUGAAGCAGUCCAGGAAAAGAGUCAAAGCAGAAGAGAAGCCCACCGUCCCCAAGACCAAGCGGAAGAGGAAUCCACCUGAACUCAGUCAAACCAGCUUUAAGAAGCCUCGAACCCACCUUGGCAUGCACAUGCUGGAGUCCGUGCAGGUCUUUCACCCACUGGGGAAGAAGAGUGAGAAGAAAACUGGCAUUUCUUCCUUCCGGGGUCUGCAAACCUUCACUAGCAACAAAGAUUCCAAGCCAGGCCCAGCCACUCCAACACUGCUGGAUAUGCCACCUGGGGGCCAGGGCUUUGACAGAAGCCCAGGCAAAUCUCCGAGAUCAGAGACCAGUGCUCACAAGGAGUGUCCAUCUCCAUCCAAGAACAAGAUGCCCACAGCUGGGAAGGUCAGAUUAGUACCUCUGCCAUUCCCAACCCUGGACCAGCCUCAAGCCAGACCUGUUUCUAGAAAGCCCCUCCCUCUGGCUUCGCACAGGCCCACUGCAGCUUACUCUGUGCAGCCUCACUCCCACUCAGCUCAUCCAUGCCAACCAGCUCCUGUUAACCCAUCUCUGAUGUCCCCUGCCAAGCCAGCUCUGCCAAUUUCCUCCAGUGCCACACGACCUAAUGUAGCCAAAACCGUCCAGUCUAGGUCUGUGCCUCCGUUGGCCUACAUGAGGCCUGUGCCUUACAGAGUACCAUCUCACGCUUCCUUCCAGAGAGAGCUUAUUUCUGCUGCCAGGAACAAGGCACUAUCACCACCCAAACCUCAGACCCAAUAUCAACUGCAAGACUUCAGCUGCCAAUCGAUUCCAUGGAGGGAAGUUGAUAUUCUGGGGCCAGUCAUCUCACAGCCCAUCACGAAAGAGCAGAGGCCAGAGAGAGAGGCCAUGAAGAGGUGGGCCCAGAACGAGCGCGAGAAUGCUGCCAAGUACAGCUGUUCUGGGAAACUGCAGCUUUUCCUUCACAGGGAAAAGGAUAUGGAAAUUUCUCAAUAUUAUGGGUACGCAGUGUAA